CUUCACCGUUAAGUCGAGGCAGAACAAAGUAGACGCGGACAACAGUCUCCGUCUUUCGCAUUUCGCAGCCUACGAAAAGGAAAUUAAAAAAAAAAAAAAUCAAACCCAAAUUAAUUAGCAACAAAUCAAAAGGAAAUGGCGUUGCAGUGGAUGAUCCUAACCUACGUGGUCGCAGCAGAGGCUGCCCUGGCUCUUCUCUUGACGUUCCCCUCUCCUAAGUUAUUGAAGAACCGUUUCGUCUCUCUCAUCUCCCUCAUUCUUCAGCCUACCCUCUUUAUUGUCCCCUUUGCCGGAUUCCAGCUCUUAGAUAUCUACUGGAAGAACGAACAUCGCUUGAUGUGCACCUCUGAUAUCUGCACUGCUGCCGAGAGAGAUCGUUAUGAGAAAUCCGUGUUCAAAGCUCAAAGGAAUGUAAUUUUGUGUACAACUGCAUGCCUCCUUUACUGGUGUAUCUACCGGAUUUGCAAGUAUCACAAGGAAAUUCAGAGUUUGGAGGAAGUAGAGAAGAGAUACAAGAAUGAGUAGUUUUCUAUACAAAAGCUCAUCUAGUUGUAGAGACUACGUUAUGUUCUACAGCCUACACAUGAUGCCCCCAUGGCAUGUUUUCAUUACAGCUAAAGCUCCUGCACGUCUCUCUCUCAGCGGAAACUAUAAUUCUUUCCUUGAACCAUGUAUGUUCUUUUGUUAGCAAUUGCAUUUUAGCUGGUUUACUUGA